AUGGGGAGGAAUUUCUUCUCUCAGAAUGCAGUGAAAUCUGGGGAAUUCUUUACUUUAGACAGCUGUCAAGGCUGGGUCAUGACAGAUGUUAUCAGGAAGGUAAUUGAGGGGAAAAGUCAGGAAAGUGGAGUUGAGGAUGAUCAGGCCCUGCUGCGAACUUUGUGUGAUCAAUGUGAAGCUGUGAGUCUGCAGAACAGAGGGAUCUUGUUGGGAUUGGAGAGAGCCAGUUUUCUGCUCACUCAGUUUUCUGAAACAGACACAGAACUCUGCAGCUGCCUGCAAGAAACACAGUCACAGACAGCACAGCUUCAUCCCAUUGUGAUCGAUGAGCAAAACCUCAGUCAACAGCAGGAGCUCUCACAGGUGAUAUGUGAGGAGAUUGAAACUCUGCAGAACGAUGUGAAGUCACUGAGGAGCCUUGGGGACGGACUGACAGACUCCAUCAGCAGUGAGGACGGGCAGGAGAUGGUGAAACAUCUAGAUGAGCUAGACUCCCUCUACAGGAAUGUAAAUAAGAUCGGGAAGAUCGGGAAAAAAUCUCAUGAUCAGCUCAUUGUGAACCUGCGUGAGGCGCCUCAACAGCAAGAGGCCGUGAAGAGAUUGUGGGAUUGGCUGAUUUCGGCACAGGCAGAAAUUUGCGAUGAUGACACGGAUGGGAUGGAGCUGGAGGCAGUGAACGAGAGGCUGAGCCGAAUGAAGGAAUUAAUGAGUGAUCUCUAUCUGAGGAAGUUGGAGGUGGAGACCCUCACACACCACUCUCAGUCUUUCACUCGCCAAUUGCCAGUUUCUGAGAGAGAGCUGAUUGAGGGCUCCCUCCGGGACUAUCGAGAACGCUGGGAGCAGCUGGAGAGAGAAUUAGUCAGCAAACAGCAUGUAUUGGAGAAGAUGUUGUUAGGCCUUAGACAUUUUCAACCUGCUCUCCAGCAGAUUCUGACAUGGCUGACAACCACCCAGGAGUUACUGGACCAUCAACGGCACCCCAGCAUUGAUCUCCAAGCCUGUGAGAUACAGCUAGCAAAACUUCAGGUUCUUUGGAAUGAUGUGAGAGCACAUGAAAGCACAGUGCAGUCUGUUCACCAGGCUGGCCUUGCACUGCUAAAUCCAAACUCUGGAGAAAAGGUGCACAACCUCUCCCAUAAUCUUCAAGAACUGAAUCAGCGAUGGGAGUGUGUGAAAUAUCAAACUGAACAGCAACUGCUGGAACUGGGGAGAGCUGUGAAUCAGGCACAGGAACUAAACCAGGAGGUACAAGACCUUUUGCUGUGGAUUGAUAAGGUUGAAGCACAACUGUCCACAAAUGGACUUAGUGAAGCAGCCCAGACAGCUCAGGAGAGAGUCCGAGUUCACCUGGAACUGUACAAAGAACUGGAAGCCAAGCAGUGCGCAUAUGACAGUGUUUACACAAUGAUGGAACAAUUCCUCAGUGACUGUGGCAAUUCAAAGAGGUCAAAGACAGAGCACAGCUUCCACACAUUGCACCACAAGUGGAACACAGUUCAUCUGAAAAUGCAGGAAAGAAAAGUGAGAUUGUCUGAACGAGUAAUCUUGGAGACUCAAUUCCAUAGCAACGCCCAGGAGCUGAUUGGCUGGAUGGGGGACACAAUGCAUUUUUUGAAUAAAGCACCAGCACCGAGUUUGAUCCUGGAGUCCAUCACAAAACAGCUCCAGGAGCACCAGCGAAUCAGCAGCGAUGUGACCUUGCACCAUGCACAGCUGAGCAUGCUGGAACAAAGCUCAGAGUCUCUGAGGUACUACAGCAGCAAACAGGAUCACAGUCUCAUCCAGAACGUGAUGGUGACUGUGUGGGAGAACUGGACAAAACUUGCAGAAUGCACCAGCCAACGAGAACAGUCUCUCCAGGAGGCCAGGAAACAUGCUCAGCAGUUCAAUGAGUCCAGGAAGACGCUACGGAGUUGGAUCGAUGAAAUGGAUCAGCGUCUGGAGGCUCAGAAGGGCAUUGCUGUUGACAACAAUGAUAUUAAACAGCAGCUCACCCGUCAUCAGGAAUUACAGAAAGAACUGCGAGGGAGAAAAGCAGAUUAUGAAGUGACACUGAGAAUCGGGCAAGUGCUAAUGGACAAGGCGGAACAUCCGGGAGAUUGUGAAUUGCUGCUGGUGCUAGUGACAGACCUGAUGGAACACUGGAACAGUCUGAAUAGCAAAUCUCUUCAGAGGCAGUCCACGAUUGAAGAAGUUUUACUGAUUUCGGGUAGAUUGACUGAAUCUCUGCAGAUGAUGUUGGACUGGUUGUACAGGGCAGAGGCCACGCUGAAUGAGCAGGCCCGAGUGAAUGGCCACCUCCAAUCUGUCAAAAACUUCAUUGAGAACCACAAAGUCUUUCAGAAAGAGUUGGGUAAACGGGCCAGUUGUGUGAAGGCUCUGAAACGUGCCUUCAGGGAGCUGAACAAAAACACAGGCAUCAACUGUGUCUGGCUGAAAGCUCAGAUGGAAGAACUAAGCAAACAGUGGGAGCAAGUGUGCCAGGUUUCUGUAUCAAAGCAGUCUCUGCUUGAAGCUGCACUGUGUCAGGCUGAACACUUUCAGUCUUUGGUUCAGAAUUUCCUGGGUCGCCUCACACAGACUGAGAGGAAACUAUCAGCUGGACUCAUCCCUGAGGAAGAGCAGGAUCUGCUGGAAUUUGAGCAACGUCACCAGGAAGCUGUCGACAGUCUGGAGUGUGAGUGCAUGGCUCUGGACUCUAUUAUCACUCUUGGGAAUGAGAUCCUGACUUCCUGUGAUCCAGAAUCAGUCGGCAUUAUCCAAUCCUGCAUCGACAUGGUGCAAACACGAUGGGAGGAGGUGAGGAGCUGGGCUCGUUACCAGGCAGAUCGAGUGAAAGCAGCAAUGUUGUCUCUCCGUUUGGAGCAGCAGGAUUUGCAGCAUCUACAGGAAUGGCUGGAGGAAGUAGCAGAGUCACUGAAUUGGAAAGAUCAAGACCCUCUCCCUGAAAACACUGUGCAGCUCGAGGAGCUCCUAACCCAGCACUCAGUUUUAUUGGAUGAAUUGAGGAGAAAAAGAACAGAAAUAGAAAGAAAGACAAAGUUCUUUUCCCAAAAUUUGGAUGAUCAGCAUCAGCUUUUUCAUCAACAGCAUGCCUCACCUGAGCAGGGCCACUGUUUGGGAUCUCAACUCUACCUUCCUCUAAGGGCUGACUCCUCAGAUGCUGUGAGCCCUCUAGUUGCCCACCUCUUGGAAAGGUGGAAGCAGUUGUGGGCACAAGUGUUGGACAGACAGGCCCAACUGCAGGAGAAAGCCCACAGACUUUAUGAGCUCCAAGCGCUGGAGAACUUCAGCUUUAACACAUGGAGGAAGCAAUACAUGCAGUGGAUCAGCAGCAAGAAAUUCCGGGUGCUGGAUAUUUUCCGAUGUAUCGACAAGGAUCAAGAUGGGCGGAUCAGCCAACAGGAAUUUAUACAAAGUGUUCUUGACUCCAAAUUUCCCACCAGCUCCCUGGAGAUGGAAGCAGUUGCUGCAAUUUUUGAUCUGAAUGGGGAUGGAUUCAUUGAUUACUAUGAGUUUGCCAAUGCACUACACCCAAGCAGAGACCAUCACCGAAGAACUGAGGAUGAAGAAAGGAUCGAAGAUGAGGUUUGUCGCCAGGUUGCUGAAUGUAACUGUGCCCAACGUUUCCAGGUGGAACAGAUCAGUGCAAACAGAUACCGGUUUGGUGACUCUCAGCAACUGAGGAUGGUACGGAUUCUCCGCCACACAGUUAUGGUGCGAGUGGGAGGAGGAUGGAGUCCACUUGAUGAGUUCCUCGUGAAGAAUGAUCCUUGCAGAGUAAAAGGCCGGACCAACGUUAAAAUUAAGGAGAAGUACCUGGCACCUGACAGCUAUAGAAUUGGCACGGCGAAAUCAGCUGGGAAUCAGACAUGGCCCCACUCCCAGGAGGGCUCGCCAAUCAGAAAGAACUCGAGUGUAGCUUCCUUCAACUCAGCAUCCAACAGCCCACUACCACAAGAGGAAAUUGAGAGAAGCAUAAAAAAGGAAUGAGGAACUGAUUCCAGAGGCAUCCUUCAUUCUAUGUCUUCACCCUCCACCUCCACAUCCACACUCUCUUCAAUGUUUCUCAAUAAUACUGUGAUUUGAAAAUGACUUUUAAAUUGCACAGGUUAUUUCACAUUGAUGUGUAGGUGAGGAAAAUGCAA